CCACACUCCUGCCCAGUUUUCCAAGUGACAGUGUGAAAAUGUCGUUCAAGGCGGUCCUUGUUUUGCUGGCCAUCGGCGCCGUCUUCGUGGCUGCCGUGCCCACUCCCGUCGAGAUCGAGGGUGAGUUCUCGCUGGUGCAGCUCCUGCUCGGGUCACCGGCCAUGCGAUCGGAUCUGUUCAACGUCGAAUGCGUGGACUACUACAGCCCGCUCCUCAAGGGCCACGUGGACAAGUACAACGAGGACUUCAUCACGUGCAAGGACACUUACGACGGGGCCUUCGCCCUGAUCGACUCCAGUUUCCAAUAUGCCCGCGACAGCCUGGCCGGAUCCGUGAGGAACAGCUGCCUUUCCCUGCUGACUUGCGAUGGCAGGAACUCGAACUCCGAUGCCUUCGAUUGCCUGGCCUCUCGGGGCCCUUUGGCAUCCAAGGAACUGGAGCAAGCUUCCUACAAGGCAUCUGAUAACCAAACCAGCCUGCUCGGCCAGGUGUCCGAAAUCGCGGACACGCUAUCCAAAUGCCAAAUCGAAGCCUACCGAACCUACAACACCAACCACGGCGAGUGCUACGCCGACAUGGUCGCUUGUCUAGGUGAUCCCAACUGGGAGUUUCCCAGCACGAGCUACUUGCUCUAGGACUCCAGUCAAGAUCCCUGUAUUCCCGGGCUUUUAUCGCUGUAAAUAAAAGGCUUUGCGCGAA